AUGUUUAAUAAUAUUGACUCUCAAUGUUACUUGAAGAUACAGGAUGAUGAAGACGAUUGCGUUGCUGAAUUAGGAUUUGAUCCCUUAGACAAACAACUUUUUAUGCAUGCACUGAAAGAAGGAAACGAAUCAGAUAACUUCAUCAGAGUAAUGGUUGUCGGAAAUUUUAACCAGGGAAAAACAAGUCUAACAAGAAGGCUUUUACAGCUUCCGAUGGAAAACAUUGAGAGUACAGAUGGUAUAGAUAUUCAUGCAGCAAAUUGUGAAGACAAUGUUACAUGGAAAACAACUGGUUCCAAUGUUGCUGAAAUAAAAGGUGCACGUCGAUUAGCAAACAUUAUAAUACAAAGCAUAAAAUCAAUUGAUAAUACUGAAACACUAGACGAUGGCAAUGAACAGGAAGACGAUAUAAUGCUACAAGUAGAAUGCAACGAUGAUGAUGAUGAUGAUAAAAAUGCUGAAUCAUUUGAAGAUGGUGAUACAUGUGAUUCUCUUGACGAAAUAGAAAAUCAAGGCAAUUGUCUAGCAGCAGUCACAGACAAAUACUUUUCUAAAACAUCAUUUUCAAAGACAUCCUCAAAUGACAACAGUAAAAUAGAGAAAUGUUUCACAUCGGGAUUAGACGUAUCUGAAGAAAAAGCAAUCAUAAACGAGCCAGUGCUACAAAUAAAAGCAGUAGAUUUGCUUUCAGAAUUUACAGAAAAACUGAAAGAUGAAAACUAUGCUUCAAACCAAAAUGGCAAUGGUAUAAACGUCAAUAUUUGGGACUUUGGAGGACAGUUCAUAUAUUAUGCCACACACCAGAUUUUUCAUUCAAGGGACGCAAUAUAUCUUUUAGUUUUUGACCUAACGAAGGACCUUAAUAGCAUAGUAGAGGAUGAAGACUUUCCAGACAAAAAGUUUGAUAUGAGGACAUGCUUGAAAUUUUGGAUCAUGUCAGUGCAUGCUUUUGUCGGAACAAAGGACGGAAAAGAACCAACAAUAAUACUUGUAGGGACACACAAGGCCGAUUGCAUCAGCAAAAGUGAUAUCGAAAAGAAGUUUGACGACGUAUAUGAUCUCUUUAUAAAAUCGAAAGCCAGAAAUCACAUCUACAAGAUACCAUUUGCUGUCGAAAACACAGAUCCAAACGACCCCGGUAUUACUGAAUUAAAGACAGCACUAUUUGAAAUAGGAUCAGAAAAAGCUAAAGGCAGCAAGGUUCCUGCAAAAUGGAUUCAAUUAGAAGAGGCAUUAAAAGGAAACAAAGAAAAUAGAAAGAUUUUGAAAUAUGAGGAUGUUCAAAAUAUAGACAAGUCUACAGAUUUGCCUAUCAAUGAUGAGGAACAGUUACAGCUUUUCCUAAAAUAUCACCAUGCAAAAGGAACAAUUGUGUAUUUUGAUGAAGAAAAACUUCGGGAAUUUGUCGUGAUUGAUCCGCAACUUUUGGUGGAUGCUUUUAAAUGUAUCAUUACAUCUAAACGAUUUUGUAAGUGGAAAUCAGACAUACAUGAAUUAUGGGAAAAAUUGAUGGAAACAGCAGUUCUAGACAAAUAUCUGUUGAACACCAUUUGGGAGCAUGAUGACAAAAACCGUUUCAUUGAACAUAAAGAUAUUCUGUUGGCUUUUUUGCAGAGACAUCGAAUAUUGGCUGAGAUGCAGGUAAUUGAUGAGGUUACUAGUGAUGCAAGGGGUACGGGGAAAUAUAUUGUUCCAAGUCUUUUAAAAAGCGAGGGCGAUCAAUCAAUUUUAAAGAGAUGUAGUGCAUUAGCAGAAUGGUUUCAAGAUGGAACUAUUAUUAAUAACGAAAAAGGUCUGCAAAAGAAAGUCACGGAAAAGUACUUGACGAAAGUUGCCCAAACUAUCGGUCAGAAUUGGGAGCUAUUAGGACCCAUGUUAGGUAUCAGCAAAGUAGAUGUUGAACGAAUAAAAAUGGACCAUAAUCAUUGUACAGAGACAGCUAUUUUCUACAUGUUGCACAAAUGGAAUAUGCAAUGUCCUAAUCAAAAUACCAUGGGCGAUUUGAUAAAUACAAUGAAGGAAUGUGAGGCAAUCUCAGUGGAUUGGGAUAAAGUCAACAACAUAUUGGACGGGUUCUUGAUUCAAUGA